UUUUGUUUGUUUGAUGGUUUGUUUGGUUUUUUGUUUUGUUUUGUUGUUGUUGCUGUUGUUUCGAGACAGCAUUUCUCUGCGUAGCCUUGGCUAUCCUGGACUCAACCUGUAGUCCAGGCUGGCCUCAAACUCACAGAGAUCUGCCUGCUUCUGCCUCCUAGAGUGCUGUGAUUAAAGGCAUGCGCCACCAUGGAGAAAUGAUCUUAAACAUAAAAGUUUGUCUGCAGAAUAUGACUUAGAAUGGCAAGAAAGGUCACCAUCAACUUCGGAAAUGAGGUGGAAUUGGGAGCCUUCCAGUGUACCAUGCUAACCUUUGCCCUCUUUUGUAGUUUAAUAUGCAUUGAUCAGUUUGUACAGCUAGGGAACAGGAGUUAUUUUUUCUUAAGGGCUGAUAUUAUUAGCUUCACCUAACUGCAUCUUUUUGUUUGAACUCUUCUUGCCCUGAAUUGAGCUGUAGGAAGAGCAGAGAUGAAAGAUGGGAUUGUGUAGUUGUGGUGUUGGCCUUAGCACUGUUGGGCAGGGGCUAGGGAGAUUCAGCAACUGACCCAAAAAAGGAGGCGUUGAAUCCUGGGUGGAGAAAAGCUGUUCCCACUCUAUGUUUGGUGCCAGCAAGGCUUUAUAAUGUGAACAUUAUUUGGUUCCUUUUCUGUUUUCUAAGUUUCCUCGUGUAUUGCCAGCCUGUAAGUUAUAGUGACGGUAGCCAUUGUUUCUUUCCAGGCUUAGAAAGACGCAGGUAAGUGCUGUACCCCUGACUACACCCCAACCCUUGGUCUUCCAUUAGUCUUUUCAGUCAACAGAAUUUGAUCUAUAAUUCUGUCAAGCCUUCAGCCCUUUAACAGUUUGUUUUUUGUUUUGUUUUUCACUUUUACCUAAAUCCUCCAUUUAAUAAACAUCAGUGGAAGAAAAUGGAGAAAUACAAUUCAACAAUUAAUCAGAAAGUUAACUAAUUGUUGAUUUAUCACAUUGUUAAUUUUUAAAAUUAUUUUUUGGAUAUGGGUGUUUUACCUGUAUGUAUGCCUUUGCACUGCACACAUGCCUGCUGCCCACAGGCCAGAGUAGAGUCCAGUCCCCUGGGAUUGGAGUUACAGAUGGUUCUGAGCCACUAUACGGGUGCUGGGGAUCGAACCGGAGUACUCGGAAGAGCAGCCGGUGCUCUAACCACUAAGCCAUUGCUCCAGCCCUAGAUUAAUCAUAUUAUAUGGGAAAACAAACAACCCCCCCCAACACACACCCAAAUCCAGGUCUUGUGAGAAACUAACAGAAGGAACUGGAUAAACACAGAGAAGAGUAACAGGCCAUUAGAGAAAGAAUCGUGUGUUAAACGCUAAGAUUUAGCUGGAGUACCCAAGUGUGUGCUGUCUAAGAAUUGGCUGCAACAAGCCAACCAGCUUAAUCACUCUAAGCCCCUUCAUGUUUCUGUGGCCAUGUGACUUUUAAAAGCUUAGCUGGGAUUACACCAUCUGUUGUACAGUUCACGUCUUCUGUCCACAGAGAAGCCCUAGGAAUCACAAGGUAAGUACAAGUUAUGUCUUAUUUCCAAUUUGCUCUUAAAUGACACAUUUGAAAACACUUCCUCCAGCUGCUACAUCACUGGCUUUACCUUGUGGGUUAGAGUUAGCCUUGGACCACGUGACUGUCCACACAGGCGAUCCUGAUGGACCGCGCCUAGCUGCUGCUGAAGAUUUUGUUUCCAAAGCAGAUCCAUUCGACUUUGGAAUCAGCUUGUUUUCUCAUAAUCGCUGAAGCAAAAUUUGAGGUGUUUGAGGGAGGUGGCAUCAGACUUGUAUAACUGCACAUGAGCAGAAGCUGUCGACUCUAGUAACUCAUGCAAGGACCGGCAAACCAGGAUUUGAGCGCUGGCCUCUGGGAGAUGGCUUAUUUUCCGUUUUCCACCUACUGUAAUGUAGGUGCCAAGGACAGAAAAGGAGUGGACAGGAUUCCUGCCUUCCUGGUAUUGGGAGAAGUAAAAACUUGACGAAGGCUUUCAGUGUCUAGACUUCUUGCUCCAUCCUGACUAGCUGAUCCCACAGCCCUGCUGUCAGAGCUCUUCCCUGUUGCUGUGAUGGUGUACAAGAGCAAGUACUUUCAGCCGUUUAUUUCAUGCCCAGACAGUUCAUACAGAGUGCCUGUGGGUGCCAAGAAAUACCCCGUAACCCCACAGAGAACACGGAUUAAAAGGAAGAUGGCCAUUAAAACAACAAUCAAAAAAUGUUUUGAGUACUUGAAAGGUUCUGUGAGGUCAUGAAGUAGGAAUUGUCUUCAGACACACAACAUUUAGUGAGAUAAUAUAAACAGGGUCAUGUAGUAAGAGUAAGUCACUACGUCUGCAUGCAUGUCCUGCUUUACCGAGUAUGCUAUGGGUCAGAGGAAAAGGGCAGGGGUCAGUUGGCAGAAUGCUUGCCUAGCCUUCAUGAGGCCCUGGCUUCAGUCCCCAGCACAAAAUAAAACCAGAUUCCCACACUUAGGGAGUGAAGGCAGGAGGCUCAGAAAUUGAAGGCCUUCCCAGGUGGUUUAGAAAUUCAAGGACAGUCUGGAGGAUGUGAAAGUGCCUCAAAAAUGAUUAAGGUUACUGAAAGCUGCUUUUGGAGAAAGCUGCUGUGAGCAGGUGAUGUUUCCACUGUGGGGAAAAUAAAAGCUUUUAAAUGGUUGUUGAGAAGCAACAAAAACACAGGUGAUAUCAGGAGUGGGUGUGCAGGGGUGCUGUGGGGCUCCAGGGACCCCUGCAAAUGAAGGCCAGCCUGGCUGGAAUUAGGUCUAGCUGUUACAAGCCUCCACAAGUGGAAUUUUUAUUUGGAAAGCACCUGAGAACUAUAGAAAGAGGAUGGUGGCUUAAUUUUCCAGUUUGAAGUGAUCGUUCUUACUUCUGUGUGUGGAACAAAAAUACAAUAACAGCACAUGAGAAGAUAAACAGAGGUGAGUUGUCCUAGUGAGGUACCACCAGGUUGUUAGGCAUGGACAUGGUAACAAAGGCGGAUUCUGAAGAAACUUGGUGGAAGAUUUAACAUGGGAGGCAGUAAAAGAAAAUGAGUGAGUCAGCACCCUGGCUCAGGUCAUCAUACCAUGAGACAAAGACUAUGGGGAGGAAGGUUUGAGGGAAGAAGGUGAAGUUUGCUUUGUGGGUGUUGAGUUAGAGGCACUCUGAACUUGGAGGUUCCUGUGGGCAGGUUUUAUGAGUUUGCUCUCAGAAGAGACACGGGGUUGUUGGCAGAUACCUGAAGCUCUAAGGAUGAAGUCAGAGGACAGUGGGGAGUGCCAUUCAUUUCCAGGCCCCCACCUAGGUCAGUCACUGCCUCACACCCACUCCAGGCUCCAGCCCCAUACUCAGGUGCUGCCCAGUGGGAAUGGAGAAACGUUGGAUUGUAGUUUGUUGGGGCAUUGAAGCAUGCACAGCCUUGCUUUCCUUACGUACCCCUGCCCAUCCAGGCCACUGGGGCUUUUCUGCCACCUCCAGUCUUCCCCUUGAGUCUUGCUGCAGACUGCACACACCAUUUAUCCACCGUGACCCCUCCCCCCACCCUGCAGGGUCUGCAUCUGCUUUCUGCCUCAAGCUGUUCCUUCUCUGGGCACCUGCUCUUUGAUCCCUUUUCUGCUCAAAAUCUAUUUUCCUACCUUUUGAUGCCCAAGUCAAGCCCCACUGUUUCCUCAAGUUUGCCCAAGCCCUCCAAGGACUAGAUUACCCCUUGCAGAGGCACCCCCUCGUGCAUUUUAAAGUGUUCCAACUUGCUCUGACUUCUACUCUGGCCCUGGCUGUUCUUCAGAAAGAGAUCCUCAGAAUCUUCAAACUAGAAGCCAGCUCACGGCUGGGCAGAAAACAGUUACUAGGGGUGCAGAUUUCAAGUGGAAGAUGAGGAUAGGCAUUGCUGUGUCUAUCUUAAGUGGACAAGAUUUUACAGUUGAGCCUCAAGAGAAGCUGGGCUCUUCCUUCUCUCUAAUUCAAUAUUCAUGGGCAGCUAAGACUGGAAGAUAAAUCGGAGGAUGGUAAAAUCUGCUGAACAUUCCUGAGCCUCCUGUAACAUCCCUAGACCUCACUUGUGUCCAGUAAAAAUGAUCCAGUAACACAAAUUUGGGGGUUACCCCAAGACCUGCCUGAUCUUGCCCAUAGAGGGCCAUAAAGAGCCACCCAGGGAUAUGCAGGAACGUGGGUUCUGGCAGGAAGAGAUGAGCCCUAAAGGCAGGAAGACACUGAUGAGAGUAGACAGAUGGGGGAGGAGAUGAGGGCAUUAAAGGGCUUUGGCCACCUGCCAUCACUUGACCUGUCUGCUCCCAGAUCACCCACCCUACCUCCCCAUGAGCCUGUCCUGUUGGGAACAGGAUGACCGCACAGUGACCCCAAGCAGCAGGGCUCUGUGUCAUCCUGUCAGAGGUGACGGAUUGUGUGGAGCCAGAGGCAUACUCCGGUCUAAGCUCCUAUUGUUUGCAAACUGCCAGACCAUGGUCUGGAGUUUAGUUUGCGCUAUAUAUAGGUAUUGUGUAUAGGUAGUAAACUUGUGUUACUAAAUCAAGCGCAGAUACUAUACAGUGCUACCAAAGAUAAGUGAUAUGAAGAUUUAAUUCCAGAAUUUUAGCCUUGGUAGAUACUAUAGACCAGUACUGAUUGACUUUCUUUUUCUUUCCUUGUUUGUUUGUUUUUGUUUUUAGACAGGGUUUCCCUGUGUAGCCUUGGCUGUCCUGGACUCUGUAGACCAGGCUGGCCUCGAACUCACAGAGAUCUACCUGCCCCUGCCUCCCUGAGUGCUGGGAGUAUAGGUGUGUGCCACUGUGCCUUGCUCUGACUGACUUUACCAAUAGCGCAUGAGAGUUACAAAUGUUCACAUCUUCAACAGCAUGUUAUGCCUGGCUUUUUAAUUUGAGCCAUUGAUGAUUGGGUGUGUGUUAGUCACUGUUUUAUUUUAUAUACCCAAUGACUAAAGAGGCCAUUUGGAUAUCCCUCUAAUGAAAAUAAAACUUCUUCUUGUUAUUGUUUGUUCAUUUUAUGUGUUGAACAUGAGUCCUUUGUCAGGAGAUACGUUGCAAAUCUCUCCCAUUCUGGUUGUCUUUAAACUCUGAUGACUAGGAUUUCUAACUUGAAUUCAGUUUCACAAUAUUUUCUUCAAUCCAGUCUUUUCCUUUGUGUAUAAUACUGUAAUACUGGAGAUUAACCAAGCACUCUGCCACUGAGCCCUGAGCUCUGUGUCCCCAGCCCUCUUCUUACCCUUAUGUUAAGAAGGUCACUAAAUUUCUCAGGCUACACUUAAACUCACUCUAUAGCCCAGGCAGGCAUUGAACUUGUGAUCCUCCUGCCUCAGUCUUCUGAGUAGCUGGGAUUACAGAUCUAUGUCAAGACUGGCUCUGCAUCAUUAGCCACACAUAGGUAAGUAACACACUCAAAAAAAAAAAAAAAAAAAAAGUCUGUGGGCUGGAGAGAUGGCUAAGCAGUUAAGAGCACUGGCUGCUCUUCCAGAGGUCCUGGGUUUGAUUCCCAGCACCGCAUGGUGGCUGGGAUCUGAUGCCCUCUUCUGUCCUGCAGGUGUCCAUGCAGAUAGAGCUCUCAUAUAAGUAAGUAAAUAUAUCUUUUUUAAAGUUUGUUAUUCCAGCAUGAUGGCAUAGACUCCCUAAGCUUUGCUGUUUCGUUUCUGCCACUCACAUCUAGCGCUGUGGGAUGGGACUUAGUGUGUGCUGUGGAGUUGAGGUCAGUUUUUGGUAGUUCUGAGGUUCAUGUGUAUAAACUAGUGUGCUACCACUGCGCUCUACCAAGAUUGUUUCUUUUCCCCCCAAGAUGGAUAUUGGAUUGAUCUAGGACACUUCUUGAAAAGUCUUUACUGUUCUGCAGAGCAAAAUUUGUCCCUAAUCAAGGUCUGUAUUGUGUGCUCUGUCUCUGGACUAUUUUCAUUCCUCUGGUCCCUUUGAAGAACUUUGUGUCUCUCCCACACUUUUUUCCUGUUUAUUAGUUGGUUGUUAUGGGGGUUUUAGCAUUUGCUUUAGUUCUUGAGGAAGGGCCUCACUAAAUAGCCCGACUGGCUUGGGCCUCCCUAUGUAGACCAGACUGGCCUUGGACUUGGAAAUUCUCCUUCCCCUGCCUCCCAGCGCUGUCUUGUCUGUCUGCCUGUCUCUCUCCCUUCUCCAAUUUGUUUCUUUAAGAUUGGCCUGGGGCUGGAGAGACAGCUCAGUGCUUAAGAGCACUUCUUAUCCUCACAGAGCCCAAACCUAACUGUUUAGCAGCUCACAACUACCCAACAGCCCACCACCGUUACCUCCCAGAGAGCCUGCUCACACAUCACCUGCAUUCAUGCAUACAAGUUAAAAGAAAUUGCCCUGGCUUUUUUUUUUUCUUGGUUCUUUGUAUCCCAUUUAGUUUUAGAAGUAGCAUGCCAAUUUACGUUAAAAACAAAUGUGGUAAACUUUUAAUCCUUGGGAUCUGCAAGCCAUUUUUCAGAGAAUUAUAUAUUGAAGUUUAUCAUCUUUGAGCAGGGUGUGUUCCUCCACUUGUCUAAUAGCUUUUGUUUUUCUGUGUAGAGGCCUUACCCAUACUGUGUUAAAUGAAGUCCUUGGUGGUGGCUAUAAUAUCAAUAAACAACAGUGGUCUAUUUUUUAAAAAGUCACUCUUUAAUUAAAUUUUUAAAAAUGUUUUUACAUGGUUUAUUGUUUACACAUAAGGAUACAAUUUACUUUGUGUGUUGACUGUGCAGCCAAUGUCCUUUCUAAAUUGUUACUGGUUCUAGGUUCUGUUCAUAGAUUCUUUUGGAUUUGGCUCACAUAACUGUGUCAUCUACAAAUAACGGUUGCUUUCUUUCUUUCCAAUCUGUAUUAGUUUCCUUCCCUUCUUAUACAGGCUGUCCUGGCGCCAUGCCAACCAGAAUAGAUGGUGGCAGGUGGUAUGGCACCCUGGUUUCACUGCCAGCCCUGAGGAUAUCUCUCUGGACUUUAGGCUAAAUCGGGUGGAACGGUGGUUAGGGAUAUUCUCUGCUAUUGAGAAAGUUGCCUUUUGGCCCUAAGUUAAGGUUAAAAUUAGGUUUGUUUGUUUUUUUGUUUGUUUGUUUGUUUGAGUUAAGGUUUUUUGCUGGGUCUGGGUUUGGUUUUGUUUGGGCAUUUCUUUUGUUGCUCUGGGGAAUCAAAGUCCAGAGCCUCAUGCAAAGCAGGCAAAUGCUCCACACUGGACUAUGUCCCCAGCCUCAUGUUUCUUAAAAUAAUAGAGAAGUAGAGUUGGGAAUGUGGCUCAGAGGUGCUUGCCUCGAAAACACUGAACUCUGGAUUUGGACCUCAGCUCCAGAAAUAAUAAUAAUAACAAUAAUAAUCAACUCAGCUGGAGAGGUGGCCCAGUGGUUAAAGAACACUUCUUGCUUUGAAGAGGACCAGAGCAAUUUCUAGCAGCCAUGCCAGGGAAACCACUUGUAACUCCAGCUCCAGGGGAUCCUGACUGUAGAGAGGCACAGUCACAUAAUUUCUCUAUUUUAUUUUGUUGAUCUUCAUCCUUAUUCUUUAGGAAAAUGUAUUACAUUUAUUUAGUGUGUGUGCACGUGCGUGUGUGUGUGUGUGUGUGUGUGUGUGUGCACCAUGCACAUGCAUGUACACCAUCGCAUGCGUGUGAUGUCAGAGGACACCUUGCAGGAGAAUGCCACAGGUCUGAAUUACCAAAUCAGAAAAAUAAUAGAAAAAAUCCCUUACAGUGUUUUAAGUAGGUUUAUAGUUUCGUAUUGGGUCCUGUUCAUUGCUGUCUUGCGGUUUAUGCAGGUUAUGGGCAUGGCUUGGGCAUGCCUGAUAACACGAGACUUAGACAUAAAAUAGUCAGUGUGGAUACUCUGGGUUUUACUCACUUCCCCCUGUACAGCACUGGCCAAUCUGUUUCUUCCUUCCAGUUGUGGGGGCCGCCACACAGGAGGGUGUGUCUGAGGCCGGUUCUGAGGACUAUACCUUCUCCCUGCCAUCAGGCUACGUGCUCAGCCCGUCUGAGACGGCACCUCCCUUCUUUGGCGGAAUGCAUGCUCUCGAUGGUGUCCCCUUCAAGGUGCCCAAGGGUUUUGUGAUGGAUACAGAGCCCCAGCCUGCGCCCGAACUCAGUGUCCGGGACUGUAGAGAACUUCUGCUGGGCUCCAUGUACGACUUCAGCCUGGAAAGGAAGGCUCUCUUCUGGGUGGAAGCAGCCCUCCGAGGACCUUUCCCCCACCAGGGCAGUGACGGGGGGGUUGCAUCAGCCCCUCCGGCCUGGUUGUUACUGGUCAAUCCAAACUACCAUCUGGGACCUACACCUGCUGAAGUCAGAGACCCAGAGGUUGGACUCCAAGAACCUCCCCAGGAGGAGGAAGAAGAAAUUGGUGAGAAGGGGCACGAGGCAGGUGCUUCCUCCGCCAGCGCCAGCGAGGAGGAGGUGGACUCCAGCAACGCUCCGCUCGGCUCCCCCACAAGCCACCGCCGCUGCUCCCUGGACGUGCUCCGACACAUGCGGUCUGGGCUGGCUGGUGCCGGGCGGCGGCUCUCGGAGAGCAAGCUGGCCGCCUGUCCGCGAGCGCUGCUGCACCGCUUCCGUGACCACCACACGCCGAGCCUGCACGCCAGCCUGGCGCCGGCCCCUGGCCCAGCGCCGCAGCCCCCCGACGUCCCCGAGCUGCCCCCACGGCCCUCCACCGCCGGCGCCAUGCCUCCGCUAAGGAGCCACAAGCCCAUGGUCGCUUCCCUCAGCCGGUACACCUGCCUACCACCUCUUAGGGAGACACCCCAGCCCCUCAUCUCCUGUAGAGUGCACCCUGAUCCAGCAACUGACCUGCUGUCUGCCCUGACCAAAGAGGAGCAAGACCUCAUCGGGCCAGUGGUCGCCUUGGGCUAUCCCCUGGGAAGGGCCAUUGUGGCUCUGCAGAAGACAGGAAGGCAGAGUCUGGGUCAGUUUCUCAGCUACCUCAGUGCCUGUGAAAGGCUGCUGCGGCAGGGCUACGAUGAGGCUCUGGUGGAUGAGGCCAUGGAAAUGUUCCAGUUCUCCGAGCAUCAGGCAGGCGAGUUCCUGCGCCUCUGGCAGCAGUUCAGUGACAUGGGCUUCCAGCAAGACCGGAUCAAGGAGGUGCUGCUGGUCCACGGCAAUCAGCGUGAACAAGCCCUGGAGGAGCUGGUAGCCUGUGCCCAGUGACAAGCUGGGAUGCUCCGUGAUACCUGGCUGGCCAGUGAAGUACAUGCCUGCCACCCAUUUUAGCCGUAUUACUAAAACCCAAUGCUGAGUGGUGGUGGCACACGCCUUUAGUCCCAGCACUAGGGAGGCAGAGGCAGGCAAAUCUCUGAGUUCAAGGUCAUCCGGAUCUACAGAAUUCCAGGACAGCCAGGGGCUACAGAGAAAAACCUUGUCUUGAAAAGCCAAAAGUAAUAAUCAUAAUGAAAUAAAUAAAACCUAAUGUAGUGCUUGUUUUUAAA